AUGGACGAAACUAGACCAACUAGCGAAAUCCCUAGCCCGAAAAACUUAAACGUUCACCACUGGACCAGUGAGGAAAAAAUCUUCAAGAGAAAAGAAAAAAUCCUUAGAAAAAUCGAACCAUUAAGCAUCCCUUUGAGGUCGGCUUUAUUAUACAGGUUGAGCAGAUCAUUUUUGGGCUCUUUUCUCAAAGAACUGAAUCCUAACGAUAUUCAAGAUUUUUUAAAUAACGACAAUAAAUGGCAAAUAUUAAACUGGGAGUUGAGACGGUAUAGUAAACAAGAUGUCAAGAUUAUCAACACAAGAAACUGUUUUAUUGAUGAUUGUUAUGGAUUAGUUGAAAAAGCUGUUACCAAUGGGGUGGAAAUUAACUUGAAGUUUUUGGAGAGUAAAAUUAGGAACCUUAGAUUGGAUUGCAUUUUUGUGAAGAAAAUAGACGAUUGUUUGAAAAAAUUUGAACAUCUCAAAUUCCUAUCUUUAUGUGGAAAUUACAUUAGAGACAUACCUGGAAAGUUUCUACCAAGGAAUUUAGAAUUUUUAGAGCUUUUUGAUAAUUUUAUUGAUAAUUUAAGUACUUUCGUCAAAAAAGCACCAAAAUCUUUGCGACAUUUAGGAAUUGGAAGAAAUAGGCUCAAUGAUGACUCCCAGCUGCAUCUCCUAGGCGAAAGCAGAAACUUUUCCCAACUGAUAUCAAUGGAUUUAUCAGACAAUGAGUUCUGUAAUUUAGAGCUGACGCUGAAAAGUCUAGGGAGUGUCGAAUCGUUGAAAUCGUUAUGCUUGGAAGGCAAUCCUUGUGCGGUGGUUUCAAAUUAUAAAACGGAUGUACUUGAAUGUAUGCCCUCUUUACUAUACCUUGACGCUACGGAAAUUUUAGACAAUGACAGGAUUUCUUCUGAAAAUACCCAAACACAUCCUCAUGUGGUGUUUCAUUGCUUUCGCAUUCUGGGACUGCCAGAACCUCCAAGAGACAAAAAAAGCGUGCAGACGAUUCACAUUGAAGUCAAUUUUCCUUUGUUACGAAUGGAUUCUGAAGGCCCCAAUAAUGAUUCUGCAGAGGAAAUUAACUUUGAAGAAAAAGAAAUAUCAACUAACGAAAAAAACAGUCAAGAAAGUCUUCUUACAAACAAAAAGAAGACAAGUACAAUAAAAAACAAAACAAAAAGUAGAGAAUCAAAAUCGAAAUCGACUCAAUCAAAAACUAAAGCAAAAAAAUCAUAUUAUACAAUAGAAAAUGAAGAUAUUAACGAAGCAAAACACACAAAAUGGUACAAGUCUCAAAGGAAGCCAUGGUCGAAAAAAAUCGAAUUUGAUCCUAUUCAAAUAAAUGAUGACUACAUACCUUUGAGUAGUAUUCGAGACACUUUCAGAAGCAUCGUUCCAGUCCGAAUCAUUUACUUAAAGUUUGCUCCUGAUUCAUCCAAAAGUAAAAAAUCUCCAAAUUCAAAAAAAACUAACACCAACUAUUCAAAAAUUAAUGAAGUAGGAAUAUUGUCACCCCAAGAAGAAGAACCAGAAGAAGAAAUUUUGAAAAAAAUCACUCUGGCUACUUUUUAUUGCGACCUGAAAACUGUCAAUUGGAGCGAUAAGACUUUGGAUUUUUACUGGGCCGAUCAUCCACGAAUGGGAGAUAGAGCUUUGAGAAUCGAUAAUGGCUCUUUGUUGGACCUAGAUUAUAAUUUAGAUAGUACCAAGAAAGCAAGGAAAGUCACUCAGGGACCAGAAACAGAACCGGAAAAAGCAGCUCUACCUCAUGUUUUGACUUGCCAGAUAGGAUUUGGAUGGAACAGAUAA